AUGGUCCCGAACCCUUUCCUGUUAUCUCCCUUUUAGGUUUGCAAGGGCAGUGAGUCUGUUACAUCUGCCUAUGAUGACAUUGAAAAUUACACCUCCACCUUUGAUUAUGACAAUUAUGAGCAGCCCUGCAUGAAAGAUGAAGUCCGGCGAUUCCGCGCUGCCUUCCUUCCUUCCAUUUAUGCCCUUGUGUGCGUCGUCGGGCUGACUGGCAACAUCCUGGUGAUGGUGACCAACAUCUACUUCAAGAGGCUGAAGACCAUGACGGACACCUACCUGCUGAACCUCGCCUUGGCAGACAUCCUCUUCCUACUGACUCUCCCUUUCUGGGCCACCAGCGCCGCCAUGUACUGGGUCUUUAAAGAGUUUGCCUGCAAGGCCAUCCACUGUGUUGGACGCAUGAGCUUCUUCAGUGGCAUGUUGCUCCUUCUCUCGAUCAGCAUAGACAGGUAUUUCGCCAUUGUCCAGGCCCCAUCCGCCCACCGUCUUCGAUCCCAAAGGGUGUUGGCCAGCAAGCUCACUUGCGUCUCCAUUUGGAUACUGGCUUUCAUCCUCUCUAUCCCUGAGCUGCUGUAUCGGGGUGUGCACGAGCCUGAGCGGCAGCUGCCACGUUGCACCAUCAAGACCAACGACUUCUUGACCUUCAACACCACCGCCCGAGUGUUGCAGAUGGUCAUUGGCUUCUUGGUGCCUCUCCUGGUGAUGACCUUCUGCUAUUGCGUCAUCAUCAGGACCUUGCUGCAGGCUCGCAGCUUUGAGAAGAACCGAGCCAUUAAGGUCCUCAUCGCGGUCAUGAUUGUCUUCGUCAUCUUCCAGCUACCCUACAAUAGCGUCAUCCUAGCCGAGACCAUCUCAGCCUUAAACGCCACCAGUGGUGAAUGUGAAGCCAGCAAAAGGCUGGAUGUGGCCAAUGACCUGACCUAUAGUCUAGCUUGCUUUCGCUGCUGCCUUAACCCAUUCCUUUAUGCAUUCAUUGGUGUUAAAUUCCGCAAUGACCUACUUCGUCUCCUCAAGGACCUGGGCUGUGUCAGCCAAGCACAGCUCUGGCGAUGGUCCACAAACCGGGAGACUAAACGGUUUUCUGUUGCUACGGAAACAGACACUACUACCACUUUCUCUCCAUGAGGUACUCCAGGCAGCUUGGCAGCCAUUUUGGACAGUAGACAUCAU